AUGAAAAAUGACGGAGUCUGGUCAGAAGCUGAGCAGUUGACUAUAAACAUAAAUUGCGAGGCUAGUUCUGAAGAGCAUCAAUAUACUGUUGCGCAUAUACUUGGGGAAUCGAAAUGCAGAGUUUAUACUCCUAGACAUUUUUACCCUAUUAAAAGGGUCGUUUGUCAAGAUCCCACAUCAGAGUCAGAAAAAACCAUCUGGGAAACUGAACAUCCUAGAGAGUUUUCCAAAAACGUAUCGGUUUUAAGCGUAACAAAGACUAAGAAUGGAUAUCCCGAUAAAUACCUCUGUAUACUCCAGGAAAAUAACAACUAUCUCCUAUUCCUAAGGGACAACGAAUUGAAUAACUGGGUUGACAUAACCAAGACGAGGGUAAAAUUGAGCAAAUUCCAAUUUUUCUAUAAUUUCAAGAAGCUCACACCUGAGGAAUAUGAAGUGAAAUACGAGUUUUUAAGGUUUAAAAUAUUAUUCAAGUUUGGCUGCAACAAGGUUAAAUAUGACGGGAAAAAAUUAAUUAGGAAAUACAUUGCAGGACUUGAAAUUGAUUUAUCAGAUAGUAGUAUUGCAUUUUGCGACCAUAGCAUAACAUUAAUUAUGAAAACAAUAGUUAAACAUCCUGACAAUCUUCCUGGAGAUCUCCCCGAAAAUGAUGAAGAUGCUGAUGAAUCUGGUUUAAAAACACAAGUUAUCUCUAUUAAAUAA